UCCAAGAGCAAGUAUCUCCCCUCAAAAAAGCACAACAACAAGCAGCAAACAAAAUGAGUCCCAGCAUUACUACCGAGGCCGGCCAGCCUCUCCCUGCCAGGUCCACCGUGGCCCAGAGAAAACAAGCCAACGAACUGAGAAAGACUCUUAAACCCUUGCUGGAGAAGAGAAGGCGUGCUCGUAUCAACGACAGUCUCAGUCAUUUGAAAAGCCUGAUUCUUCCUCUGGUUGGCAAAGACAACGCACGCUACUCCAAGCUGGAGAAAGCUGAUAUUCUGGAAAUGACAGUCCGCUUCCUCAGAGACCUUCCUUCCUCUCCCGUCAAAGAUUCCGCAGACAGUUACAAGGAAGGCUUCAAAGCCUGCCUCCAGCGCGUCUCCACCAUGCUUCCCAAAACGAGUCUGGAUCAAGACGCGUGUCAGCGGGUGAACGAAUUCGUCCAGCAGUCCAUGUCCACCGCCGUCACCCCGACCUGCCUGAACUGUUGCGCUCAGAGCUCCAGGACUCUCCCUCAGAUCCAACAGAGACUCUUGAGCCUCAAAUCCAGCUUCAGCUCCAGAAUGGAGAGCCAGUCCCGCAGCAGCAGCGGCGGCGGCGGCGCAGUGGCUCCCAGCCGAGCGCAGUCAGCACCACAGGCGGUCAACGCUGCCAUGUGGAGACCUUGGUAGAUUAGAUGGACAUUCAUUCACCUCAUGCGUGUUAUGUAUUUUGUGAUGUUAUUGAUGCCAUUUGUAUCUAUAUGCCUUAGCGAUCUUGAAUUGUUGGAGUCGCUGUACAAUAAUUUCAUUCAGCAUUUAGCUCAUUUCGCGUUUAAUGCCAGAUCUUAGAGACUGAAGUCUUUGAGCUUUUUAAAAUGCAAUCCUCUUUGGGGUUUCAAAGAUAUGGUUGUAGACAACACUUUUGUAAAACCCCAAGGGUUAAUUUGUUUGAGGUUUGCACUAUGUACUUAAAAGUAUUUUGGUCUGUGCAAAAAAAUAGUCUGUAAACACUAUGUGUUAAAUAGAAUUAUGUUAUUCAUUGACCUUAUGUGUAUAUAAAAAAAACAAACAUGUUUUGUGAUUCUUCAAAUGUUU